AUGGUUAAAUCUUACCAGCGUUUCGAGCAAAGCGCAGUUUUUGGUUUAAUUUCAACGUCCAGUCAGUCCGUUUAUCUUCCAGCCAACAAUUCCACAUCUGGGAGAUUGAUCACUGGUGCACUUGAAAACCUUGAGAUAUGGACUUUAAAGACUAAUGAAGUGGAGGUUAUGAGCGAUGGAUUGCCUAUUGGUGCCGUUGACUCAAAACUUGCUAGACCUGCGGUUGUAACUGCGAUGUGUUUUCAUAAGGAAACAGGGUUACUCUGUGUGGGUUACGACGAUGGUGUGAUCAAAGUGUGGGAUUUACUUUCAAAGAGUGUUCUCAUGCAGUUCAAUGGACACAACAGUGGUAUUACAGUUUUGAGACUUGAUUCUGAGGGUACCAGGUUGGUUUCUGGUAGUAAAGAUAGUGAUUUGAUUAUCUGGGAUCUAGUUGGCGAAGUUGGGUUGAUGAAGCUCAGGUCUCAUAAGGAUGCCAUUACCGGCGUGUGGGUCGAUGAAAAGAUGGAUUGGUUAGUAAGUGUUGCCAAGGAUGGUCUUAUCAAAGUUUGGGAUCUUAAGGCUGGUGGACAGUGUAUUGAAACUCAUAUGGCACACACCGGUCAAUGUUGGUCCAUGGCAGUUAAUGAAGAAGUAAUAAUAACAACAUCAAUGGAUUCGCAGGUGAAAGUCUGGGAACUUGAUCUUGAGAAGCCAAACGGAAACAAAGUAGUUGAACGUGGCUCUUUCGAAACUGAGAGCAAGCAAAGAGGUGUGGCUACUGAUUUCAUCACAGCACCAAAUGGAACUAGAUUUUUCUUUGUUCAGAACAACGAUAAAACGGUGGAGAUAUUCCGUAUAAGACCAAGCGAUGAGGUUUCAAAGGCUUUGAAAAAACGUGAAAAAAGACUCAGAGAUAAAGGAGCAUCGGAAGAAGAAAUUCAGGAAGCUAUUAAUCCAAACGACGUUGGUGUGCUAUUCCAUCCCUUCUCAACUAUUCGUUCCGCUUAUAAAGUAAAGUCUACUAAUUGGAUACAUGCUAGUAAUAGCAAGUUGGAGUUGGUGCUUACAACAUCAAACAACACGAUAGAAACUUACCAAGUUGCAUACGCUAAAAGGGAUGCUGAACCACCAGUGAAGAGAUAUAAUGUUGAGCUUCAAGGUCACAGAACUGAUAUUAGAUCUAUGGAUAUCAGUGAUGAUGGCAAACUUUUGAGUACUGCAUCUAACGGGGAAUUGAAGGUAUGGAAUUUAAUGACUAAAAAGUGUAUCAGAACCUUUGCUUGUGGUUAUGCCCUAUGUUCUAAGCUACUACCUGGUGGGACAUUAGUCGUGGUCGGUACAAGACAAGGUGAAAUUCAACUAUUCGACUUGGCUAGUUCGACACUUUUGACUACUAUCGAGGCACACUCUGCAGCAAUCUGGUCUUUGGAUCUAACUAGUAAUGGUAAAAGAUUAGUUACCGGAUCUGCCGAUAAAAGUUGUAAAUUCUGGGAUUUUGAAGUCAUUCAACAAUUAGUACCUGGAACUAAGGAUAAAUACCUUCCACAACUAAACUUGAUCCAUGAUACCACAUUAGAACUUACAGACGAUAUUUUAUCCGUCAAAAUAUCUCCUGAUGACAGGUACCUUGCAGUGUCUCUACUAGAUAACACUGUGAAGGUCUUUUUCUUGGAUUCACUAAAGUUCUACUUAAGUCUCUACGGUCAUAAGUUACCUGUUCUAUCCAUCGACAUUUCUGUCGACUCUAAGAUGAUCAUCACUUCUUCUGCCGACAAAAACAUUAAGAUUUGGGGUUUAGACUUCGGUGAUUGUCACAAAUCUAUUUUUGCUCACCAAGACUCGAUUAUGUCUGUCAAAUUCGAAGCAGAUACACAUAAUUUCUUCAGUUGUGGUAAAGACGGUGUUGUGAAAAGAUGGGAUGGUGAUAAGUUUGACUGUAUUCAAAAGCUAAAUGGACACCAAAGUGAAGUAUGGUGCAUUGCAGUGUCUCGAGAUGGUCGUACCGUCGUUUCUACAUCGCAUGACCACAGUAUCAGAGUAUGGCAAGAAACCGAUGAUCAAGUUUUCUUGGAAGAAGAGAAGGAAAGAGAGAUGGAGGAAGAAUACGAAGAAACACUAUUGAAAUCCUUGGAGGGUGGAUCUGGUGAUGAUCAAUUCUUGAAGGAUAAGAAGAGUACGGAAGACGGGUCAGUAGAUGAAGUUACUGGUGUAAAUAAGCAAACGCUUGAGUCUUUAAAGGCUGGUGAAAGGUUAAUGGAAGCUUUAGAUCUCGGUGUCGCAGAAAUUGAAUCAUGGGAAGCGUAUGAGAAGCAAUUGAAAACAUGGAAGAAGAAGAAGAGUGGCGAGGCCCCUGUCAAACCACAAGGUAAUGCUAUUCUAAUCGCUAUGAAGACCAAACCAGAGAAAUAUAUAUUGGAUACUUUGGCAAAAAUCAAACCAUCACAAUUAGAGGACUCCCUACUUGUGCUUCCGUUUUCCUACGUUAUCAAAUUCUUCAAGUUCUUUGAUGUAAUCAUGUUGCAAAAAGAUCUUGUUCUUUCUCACUUGAGCUUGGUCUGCAAAAUAUUGUUCUUCAUUGUUCGUAAUAACAACAAAGAAUUAGUAGCCCAAAAGAACGAAGAGUUAAAACAAAGAAUCGAAAGAGUUAAAAACAGUAUCAGAUCAAUGUUACAAAAGAAUGCCGAUGAUCUUGGAUUUAAUAUUGCAGGUUUAAAGUUCAUCAAGCAACAAUGGAACCUCAGACACAAUCUUGAAUUCACUGACGAUUAUGAGCAAUUGGAACACGAAAAGAAAACAGCAAAGAAGAGAGUUUUUGAAACUGUUCGAUAA